AUGGUUUUGAUCAACAUCAACAGCCCCAAGUCCCUCUGUGUCAAUCACAACUAUAGGGAUUUCUUCACCUUUUUGGUUAGCAUACAGUGGCUUGUUAAGGAUCCAGAGUCCUUUAGUGCAGGCAUUUACUGUAGGCCCUACAUUGAAAGCCAUUUUUCUCUCUAUAUAAUUUGACUUUUCACAGUCAUCCUUCAUUCCAGCUUCAACGAUUCUGUUGAAAAUGACCCCAAUUUUGCCAGUGAAUUGGCUCAAAAACUCCAACGCAUCAGGGUUGACUUCAAACUGCUUGUUAAAAGUAAUGAACGGAAUGCUAGUAGUGUCAGUUGUAGUUUCCAUUUAUGAAAUUUUAAAUAUUUAACGCUCAAUUUUUAG